AUGAUGAACUCUGUGAAGAAGCCGAAGAUGGAGCAGAUUCAGGCCGACCAUGAGCUGUUCCUACAGGCCUUUGAAAAACCAACUCAGAUAUACAGAUUCCUACGCACUAGGAAUUUAAUUGCACCCGUAUUUUUGCACAGGACUCUCACCUAUUCUCACAGAAACGGUCGAACAAAUGCCAAAAGGAAAACAUUCAAAGUUGAUGAUAUGUUGCAGACAGUUGAGAGGAUGAAGGGAGAGCAGGAUUCUCCAAGCUUGUCUUCACAUCUACAAUUAACCUUCACUGGGUUCUUCCAUAAGGAUGAAAAGCCAUCUCAGAAUUCAGAAAAUGAACAAAAUUCUGUGUCCUUAGAGGUGCUACUUGUCAAAGUCUGCCAUAAAAAACGCAAGGAUGUCAGCUGCCCGAUAAAGCAAGUGCCUACAGGUAAAAAGCAGGUGCCUUUGAAUCCUGACAGUAACCAAACCAAGCCUGGCUCCCACCCUUCCUUACUGGUAUCCAGCAACGAGUUUGAGCCCAGCAACAGCCACAUGGUCAAGUCCUACUCGCUCCUGUUCAGGGUGUCACGCACAGGGAGGAGGGAUACUAAUGGUCUGGUCAACGGAGAGGCCAACGAGAACAUUGAUGUUACAGAUACCCCUAGUAGAAAGAAGAGAAGUUCAUCCCAUAGAGAUGAGGGAGAGACCACAGAGACCUUUGUUGCACAGAUGACGGUCUUUGAUAAGAAUAGGAGAUUGCAGCUGCUGGAUGGGGAAUAUGAGGUGUCGAUGCAAGGGAUGGAGGACAGCCCUGUCAGCAAGAAGCGAGCUACGUGGGAAACCAUUCUUGAUGGAAAGAGACUGCCACCAUUUGAGACAUUUUCUCAGGGCCCCACAUUGCAGUUUAUGCUGCGUUGGACAGGUGAUGCUAGCGGAAAGUCCACUGCUCCCGGCAAACCCCUUGCUACACGCAACUCCGACAGCUCCAGCCCCAUGGAGACUAGAACCAGCAAUCACCGAGCUGCCCUCAUGACAGUGAAAGAGUCAGUCAGCACAGACAUUCAGACGAGGAAAGAGCAGGUCCUGUGUGAGCCGCGGCAGAAGCUACGUAUAUUUUAUCAGUUCUUGUACAACAAUAACACGCGGCAGCAAACCGAGGCAAGAGAUGAUCUUCACUGUCCCUGGUGUACCCUGAACUGCAGCAAACUCUACAGCCUGCUCAAGCACCUCAAACUCUCCCACUCCCGCUUCAUCUUCAACUAUGUGCCUCACCCCAAAGGAGCAAGGAUAGAUGUGUCCAUCAAUGAGUGCUAUGACGGCUCGUACGUUGGCAACCCUCAGGACAUCCACAGCCAACCCGGCUUUGCUUUUAGCCGCAAUGGCCCAGUUAAGAGGACUGCCGUCACUCACAUACUGGUUUGCAGGCCCAAGAGAACCAAACCGAGUCUGUCGGAGUUCCUGGAGUCUGAGGAUGGAGAGUUGGAGCAGCAGAGGACCUAUGUCAGCGGACACAACCGCCUCUACUUCCACAGUGACAGCUGCAUGCCCCUGCGGCCCCAGGAGAUGGAGGAGGACAGCGAGGACGAGAGAGAUCCAGAAUGGCUCAGAGAGAAGACUGCCACGCAACUGGAUGAGUUCACAGAUGUCAAUGAGGGAGAGAAAGAAGUGAUGAAGUUGUGGAACCUGCACGUCAUGAAGUAUGGAUUCAUAGCAGACAACCAGAUGAAUCAAGCCAUCAUGCUGUUUGCGGAGAACACUGGUGCUCACAUCAUCCGCCGCAACCUCUGUCGCAACUUCCUCCUGCAUCUGGUCAGCAUGCACGACUUCAACCUGGUAAGCACAGCCACUAUUGACCGUGCCAUGGCUCGUCUGCGACAGAUCCAAGAAGAGCUUCCAGACACAGAGGAGCAGCAGCAGGACCAUACUGUGGUAUCAGCAGGAUCCUACAAUGGCAAUGCCGUCACCUCCACUGGAGGGAAACAGGGCAAGAGGACAAAAAGCUCACUAACGGACUGAUGUAGGAUGGAUGGAACAACAAUUGUUUUGUUUCCUUCUUCAAUGAACAUUACCAACCCUUUGGUGCUUAGAUAAGUGGGAGCACUGGUCUGCGCAGAAUCUGACCUGAAGCAGACCAGUAUACAAGGUAAACAAGUUUUUGGAACUUGAGAACUGAAC